CUUGAUAUUCUGAAUCUUAUAUUUCGAGUUUCGUAAUUUCUGUUACAAAAAAAAGAAUAUGAACAAAUAAAUUAUUGAUUUUUUUCAUUAAAUGUCUGAUCUAUUAAUUAAUUUAUUCGGUGUGUUGGGUCUAGAAUGUUCAAGACUAUAUUGUCAUUUUCAAUUAAAGUUGCCAUUCUUGAAUGUUGUUUAUGAAAAUGAAACUUUUAUGCUGAAAGAUGUUGAUAAUAAAAGGCUUUUCACAAUUUCAAAUGGUGAAAAUUCCGAUUUUUUACAGUUUUGUAUUCAAAGUAUUGAUGGAUCCGCAAUAAUCAUUGAUGGAUUCAAUACAGAAUUAAACGACAUUGAUGAUUGUAUUUAUUGUGUUGAAUUCGAAUCUCCAGCAAAUCUCAGCAUUGAUGUUCAUCAAAUGAAAAAAUUGGUCGGUUAUUCAUCUCAUCAUGAGGAUUAUGUGGAAUUUUUUUCAGUUUUGAAUUUUGAAUCGAACAUCGAUGAAUCUAAGCUGCCAAAACCGAUUGAAUUUGAUAAAUCUCUAUUGAAAGUAUUUUCUCGUCCAAAUCCGGAACUAUUGAAUGACUGGCUUUUUUGUCAUAAUCAUUCUCAUCAUAAGGAAAACGUUAAUAUUUUAUCGUCGAUAACCGAAAAUUAUGGACCAUUAAUUUUAGAUCAUAUCGAACAAAUUGUUCAUCUUUUACUGAAUGAAUCUGAUGAAAUUCUUUUUGAAUCGGUUGAAGAUAAAGCUUGUAGUUUGUAUAUUAAACUUAGACAAAGGGAUUGUUAUACAACGUUCGAAGAUUCUAAAACAGAAAAUAACAAACAAAUGAUUCGAAUAAAGUUGCAAAACUCUUUACUUGUAUGGUAUAAAAUCUUUGUUCCGCCUGAUAUAUCAUUGAAAUCUGAUCGUCACAAUCAAGAUGAUGAUAAUGCCAUUUUAUUGAGAAAAUAUCGAAUGUCAUUUACCACAGAUUGGUAUCUGAUCACCGAUGACCUAUUUAAAUCCUUAAUAGAUCAAUUGAAAAUAAACUCAAUUCAAAUAAAACGAUUUUCAUCGAUUAAAAAUUUCAUCUUCAACAGUCCAGAUGAUGCUGAUGCUGAUGAUUUAUUACAUGAUCAUUGUACAAUAAGCUUCCUACCAUCUUAUUCUGUUUCUUUGACAUGAAAAAAUAAAUUUAUUUUUUUCAAUUUCGAAUUUUUUUUUUUUUUUGCAAUUGGUUGGAUCCAAAUAGAGGAUCUAUUUACAUCGUAGUAGGUGGAAAUAGUUUCUGAAAUUAUGCAUCAUGA